AUGUAUACACAAAUCGAUUCCAACGACGCAAGAUUCCGAUCCGAUGCCUCUGGCGUCGGAUCGAAGCAAGCUCCCUCUUCUGAUUCGGCUAUCCCGACCCUGAAAUUGAAUGAUGGGAAUGAGAUGCCUAUGGUUGCAUAUGGCCUCGGUAUGGCCUUCAGCCAAGGCGACACGGAGAACAUUGUGAACUCCGCACUCAGGGGAAUCAGAAGCGGUUUCCACCAUCUAGAUGCCGCAGAAGCAUACGGCAAUGAGAAGGGACUCGGCAUAGCCAUCAGGAAUUCCGGAGUACCGCGCUCGCAACUCUUCAUUACCACCAAGGUGUGGACAGUAGCGACGACCGUAAAAGCGGCUUUCGAGGCUUCGCUUGAACGACUCGGUGUCGAUUACGUAGACUUAUACCUGGUGGGUUGGCCGCAGAUUGCCGAUACUCCCGAUCGUCUGCAGCAGAUCUGGGCCGAGGUAGAAGCCAUCCGGGAGAGCGGCAAGGCACGAUCCAUCGGCGUCUCCAACUUCCUGCAAGACCACUUGCAGACGAUCCUGAAGACAGCUAAGGUUAAGCCUGCCGUCAACCAGAUUGAGUACCACCCGUACCUACAGCACGGAAACCUCAUCGACUUCCAACGCCAGAACAACAUCGCAACUGCGGCGUACUCGCCGCUUACAGCGCUUACGAAGGCGCGCCCCGGUCCCGUUGACGGUAUCUACGCUUCGCUUGCCAGGAAGUACGGCGUCUCAGAGGCGGAAAUCGCACUUCGGUGGGCCAUAGACCAGGGCAUUGCGGUCGUUACGACCAGCGGCAGCGAAGAGCGCCUGUAUAGCUUAAGAAGGAAGCUACCCACAUUCAAGCUCACGGCUAGCGAGACCGCGGAGAUCACAGAACUCGGAAAGAGGAAACACUUCCGAGGGUUCUUCAACGAUAUCUUUGCCCCCGAAGAUAGGCGUUAA